AUGGAGCCUCCUACGAAGAAGAAAGAUGGCCCAAAAUCAGAGAAGGAGAAGAGGGACGGUGCAAUUAUGGGUACAAACAACAGUUCCAUCGUCAGCAAAAGAAGUGUCGAGAGACUUUACUCAAAGCCGGAUGAACACCAAUUUCUGCGUCAUUUUGUCAAAAAGCCGCAGAGGAGAUCCCCUCUAAUAAAUAGGGGUUACUGGUUACGUAUGCGUGCUGUGGAAUAUGUGGUGCAUUCUUUCCUUUCCGAGGAACUUUUUGACUCCAGAACAAAGAAGGUCGUUAUAAACCUAGGAUGUGGAUAUGACCCGUUGCCUUUCCAGUGUAUUUCGGAAGCAAAGAAUGUCUGUGGCGAUAUCCUAUACAUCGAUAUCGACUACCCAGACCUGAUUGAGAAGAAAGUGCAAACAAUUUGCGAAACUCCACAGCUGGUAGCCCUCCUUACAGAACCCAAGGUCCAUGACCCACCAGUGAACCAUGUGCACUACUCCAGCCCAGAAUAUCUCGCUAUUGGCUGUGACCUCCGAGAUUUGAAGACACUUCAAGCCAUCUUUGACGGUCAGGGAAUCACCAAGAGUGCACUUUUCUUCACUGCAGAGGUUUCUUUAGCCUAUAUGGACAGAGAAGCCGUGGAUGCACUCGCAGCUUGGAUUGCUACCCUUCCAGAUGCACGCUUCUCCAUACUGGAGCAAUUUCUUCCCUCUGGAGAUACCCACCCAUUUGCACGCACUAUGCAGAGGCACUUCAACUCUCUGUCCACGCCUCUCAAAUCGAUUCUUUCAUAUCCAACCCUUGCAAACCAAGUAGCUAGAUAUUCAGAUCGUGGAUGGGGUUCAGUCGAUGCAGUCGACCUCCUUGCAUUCUGGAGCAGCAUGGUCACGGAGGAGGAAAGAAAGUAUCUAGAAUCAAUAGAGCCAUUCGACGAGUGGGAAGAGUUUUUCCUAUUUUGCCAGCAUUACUUCAUUCUCUACGCCUGGACAGGGGAGAACCCAUACGGCCCAUUUAGAAAAGAAGGAAUGAGAUGGAUAGGGGGGGAAUAUUGCUAUUUCCCUGACCAUAGGCCCCAAUACAUGCGCUCCCAAAGCUCGGAAGAAUCGCGGGUUGAGGAAGGGCUUGAUGCGGAAUAUACUGGGUCUCCGUUAUUGAAACGGUGGUUUGGUGCGGCUGCAGAGUGGGAAGGAGGCAAGCUGGUUUACCAUGGAGGGCUUGGGACAAAGACCAGGAUAGGAUCGUCUUUGCUUAUUGCGGAGGAGCACGAGAAGAACCAUAAAUGCUCACUCAGCGCAAGCCCGGGACCUGGCGCACGCAUGUGCCAUACUUUAACCCAGGUUGCUCCUGGGAAGCUAUUGCUGGUCGGAGGGAGGACAUCACCAGGUCAAGCACUAAGCGACGUAUGGUUGCUUGAAGCAGGAUCGUGGAAAAAGGUACAGAGCCUACCAAGUGGAAGAUUCAGACACUCUGCCACUGCAAUUGGUAACGGUAAAGUGCUUAUCUGUGGCGGUAAGCGGGACAGCGAAAUUAUAGACGAGUGGUUGAUCUGGAGUGAAUGCGAUGGAUGGAAGAGGGCCAAAGUUGAGGCAGACAGAAAGCCUUCUCCCAGAUUUGGGGCUGUGCUUUGCUGGACCGACAAAUCAUAUGGGAUAUUGAGCGGAGGAAUGGAUUCCAAAGGACAGGUUCUGGGUGACAUGUGGAGACUGGAGAUUACCAAAUGUAGUGAUACGUAUACGCUUGUGGUAUCGUGGAGUUUUGUCAACCUACUUUCGACAAGGAGCUUGCUGAGGCGGUUUGGAGCACGUGCUGUGUACUUGGGUGCUGGGAGGGUUCUGGUUAUCGGAGGUGUGUCCGGAGGUGCACUAAUAAAAAGCGAGGAUGAGAUGGUCGAGAUUCACUGUGAGAAGGUUACAGUUAGGGCCAUUGACGUUGAAUACAACCAUGAAGAUGGCAGGCUACCGCUGUUGAUCGGCCAUGAUGUUGUGCUUGCUGGUAAAGACAAGGUUUGCGUCAUCGGUGGUGGAGGCGUCUGCUUCAGUUUCGGUGGGUGCUUCAAUGAGGGAAUGUGGACUCUACACGCAUUCAAAGACGGAGAAGUAGAAAGCGAUUGGAAGAUCCUGGAAGAAGGUGAACUACUGGAAAAGAAGAAACGGAGACAGACCUUUCCCUUUGAGGAGAGGGGUAUUAUAACACCUAGGCCCAAGACCUCGCAGGCGAUGGACAUAAAAAGAAUGAAAGUUAAAACAGCUGAAGAUUUUGGGAGGAUUAGAGAAGCGGGAGAGCCAGUGAUUAUGGAAGGAUUGAACAUUGGAGAAUGUGUCAAGAACUGGUGCCCUGCGUAUCUUAAGGAGAAACUUGGAAACGAACGCAAGGUCAUCGUGCACUCCGCUCAAUCCCAAUUCAUGUCUUUCCAAUCCAAAAACUUCAGUUACAAAACCAUGCCAUUUGAAGAAUUCAUAGAUAUUGCUUUCGAUCCCAAUGCCCACGAAUAUCUCUACCUUCGGUCCCUCUCUGCCGCCAACCCAACAUCGGAACCCGCAAACAUAUCCAAAGACUUCCCGGAGAUAGCUGCCGACUUCUCAAUACCUUCAGAGCUUGAUUUUGUCAAAGCCAAUGAACACAGCUCACCGUUCCGUAUCUCAAGCAAGGAAGUGGGGGCAUCUUCCUCCACUAUCAACCCUUUCACCGAGGGUGAUAUAGAUGAUACCUACCCUCAGGAAGCAGUGCUACAACCUGGUGACGUGCUAUACCUCCCAGAGUUAUGGCCCCAUGCAGCGCUACCGCUGGAGCCAUGCGUAGCUAUCAAUGUGUUCUUUAGGGGCUUGAAGAGCGGGUAUGGCGUUGGGAAAGAUGUGUAUGGGAACAGAGACUUGGCGGCAUAUGAAAAGGGCAGAGGGUUAGUCGGAAGGAUUGCAAGGGAAUUUGAGGGGCUUCCCGAGACGGCCAGAAGGUUCUAUAUGGAAAGGUUGGUUGAGGAGUUGGCUGAUGUUGCGAGGGAUUAG